AUGAUUGUUCUGUUUGACGGUACUGGGACGGUCAUCAAUCUAUCUUGUUCUCGGAUGAAGAAGAUUAUUUCGAUCAUCUGGUCCGGCAUACACGUCUUCGGUGCCCGAGAGACAACCGCACCCCAAGGCUAUGGCACCGCAGCCACAGUCGUCAACCUCCUGAUGGGCGCCCAUUCUGGCACCACGGACGAAGCUCUCGUCUACCCAGCAUGCGGAGGUCAGAGUGCCUGCGGCGGUGUCAGCUAUGCGAAUUCUGCGGCGCAAGGAACAACUGCCGUUGCGAAGGCUGUCAAUUCGUUUAAUCAGAAGUGCCCUGAUACCAAGUUGGUGCUUGUUGGAUAUUCGCAGGGAGGUCAAAUUAUGGAUAAUGCCGUCUGUGGAGACGAUAGCAGCAAGAUCGGACUCUCAGACGCAGCGCUCAACAUGACAAAAGCUGUGAUUUUGAUGGGUGACCCAAGACACAUUGCUGGAUUGCCGUAUAAUGUUGGGACGUGCACGGCUUCAGGUUUCGCUCCAAGACCCAAGGGGUUCACUUGUCCUUCAGCGAGUAAGAUUCAGUCAUAUUGUGAUUCGGCGGAUCCAUAUUGUUGCAAUGGAAAUGAUGCAAAUGCGCAUCAGCAGUAUGGAAACAAGUAUGGACAGGCUGCUUUGAAGUUUAUCGACAGCAAGCUAUGAGAAGUUCGCAUAGUGAAAGAGUGGCCAGAGAGAGUUUGAGAUAUGAGUGUAUAUAGUGUUUGGUGAGACGAAGCCUUCGAGCUUACUUUCUGAAUUUGUAUUGUAUAUACUUUGUCACUAUAAGGAGAUUUUGG